UCGAUCAGCGUGUCGCAAUACGUAUCGUUUUCAUGUCUGAACCGGUAAAUACCGGUGAUAUUGCGCAGCCCUAAUAGCACCUACGUCACUUUUGGGGUAGGUAUGUCAUCCUGAUUACCUACAACACACUCAUAAAUAUAUAUGUAUGUAUGAUCAUUUUAAAUUCUUCCUGCGAUGUUAUUUCUUUUAACAGCUUCUAAUGGUAUGGACAUGGCAGCCCCUAGGACUCCAUGCAGCAAGCUGGCACCGGUGGUCACAUGGCAACAAGAGUCGCCAAAUGGUUUCUUUGUCAACAAUAAGUGGCAUUCGCUGUUGUGUACUGACACUCUGCCCCGCACCACUGAUGCUUACAGACAAUGCUUGAAAGGAAAGACCCUCUGGCUUCAUGGGGACUCAACAAGUAAUCAGUUCAAAGAGAUUCUUCAUUCAAUUUUACGUUUUCCUUCCCAUAGCGAUGCGCAUAUACCUACCAUUGACACAGAUGUUAAACACAAUUUUUCAAUUUCCUGGCAUGCUCAUGAAGAACCAUUCUAUCAUGGAGGUCGACGCUAUGACUGGUCCACAAACCAGGGACAACAUGUCGUAAUGGACCGUCUCCCGAACACAACCAAGGACAUCGUAGUGCUGUAUAUGUACGUUCAUUUCACGCUUGUCCACCCGGACGUGUUCAGGCGACAUGUUCAGGGACUUGUUCCUUCAGUAAAGAACCUCUUGGCACGCGCUCCUAAUGUAACACUUGCAGUUCGUGGCCCACAUGCAUUUUUUAGACAUUCGGAUGCCAUUGGUAUGUUAUCUUACUGGGGUCUUCUGUACGCUGAUAUUUGGCAUGAGGCAUUUGCUUCACUGCAGCACCAGAUUAUUUAUUUAGAUUUCUGGGACUUGACAAUGGCUAAACCAUCCCGGGAUUGCCACCCAGAUGGGAACACGGUGAGAGACAAGGUGCACAACAUGAUGUCACUUCUGUGCUUUAGAAAAUGAAGAUGCUGUUACGUCAUGUGGACGUAUGCUUUGAUGUCUGUAUUGCCACCGUGAAAGUUUUGUGUCCUCAAAUCCUACCCUAGAAAAUCCGUUUGAGAAUUGAUCUUUAGUAACCCUUGUUUGUCGUAAGAGUCGACUAACCAGAUCGGGUG